GCACAGAGCGACAGCAGCAGCCGCACCUCCCGCAGACACCAAAUCACGUCUCAUUUAUACAUUCUUCGUGUUAAAUACCGACGAGAACGAUGGUCUGAAGAGAUUUAGGCGGUCAAUUUGUGAAUGUAAUUCCAUUACAUUCAUCUGAUCAGCGCGCGUAAAGGCCGCUUUGGUUUCGCAGUCUCCUCAGUCGCCUUCUCUCUGAGAGAUUCACGUGCCCAUGCGAUUCUUCAGACUCACCUUUAAGUGUUUCGUGGAUUGUUUUUGAAGGUGCUGUUUCAAAUCGGUGUCUUUUUUUCUUUUAUGAUCUGUUAUUUAUUUUCCAAACGUGUUUUUUAAACAAAACAAACCAAGUAAUAACCGUUGCCAAUUUCGGCGAGAGAAUCAAACUGCCAUCCCCUUGACCGUUUGACAUUGAAGAGAAACUGAAAAAAACAUCCGUAAAGAAUAGCACUGCAGAUUUGAUUAAAUAAAAGGAUAAAGGACCGUAUCCCGUGCACCCGGAGAAGAACAAAAGGGACAUCUUGGUGUGAAUAAAUAAAAUUGACUUAAUCCAAAAACAAUAAGAGAUCAAAUAUUUAUUUUUGACUGCUGAUUUAAGCCCUUCUCGAGUCUCGUGAGGAGGUUCGUUUGCUUUGUUUACAUGAAGAUGGAGAAAUCCUCUCUGGACGCAGAAUGCUGCGCCCUGAACACGGUCCUGGUGGAGGAGAAGAAGGGCCAUUUCAUUCCCAAUGGAAGCGCGCAUCAAGGCGCCAACGGGACCCUCGCCAUAUCAGCGGCCACCGGAGCCAUAUCGGCGGCGGAGAAGAAGCAGGCUUUCCCCGAGCGAGAGACGUGGACCAGACAGAUGGACUUCAUGAUGUCCUGUGUGGGGUUCGCCGUGGGUCUGGGGAACGUCUGGCGCUUCCCGUACCUGUGCUACAAAAAUGGUGGAGGAGUGUUCCUCAUUCCCUAUGUGUUGUUCAUAUUUCUGGGAGGCAUUCCGAUAUUCUUCCUGGAGAUUGCGCUGGGUCAGUUUAUGAAGGCAGGAAGCAUCAAUGUGUGGAACAUUGCACCUCUUUUUAAAGGACUUGGCUUUGCCUCCAUGGUGAUUGUGUUUUUCUGUAACACGUACUACAUCAUGGUACUCGCCUGGGGUUUCUACUACUUCAUAAAGUCCCUCAGUUCCACGCUGCCCUGGUCCAGCUGUGACAACCCGUGGAACACCGAAAACUGCAUCGUGAACUUCCGCCACAACGACUGUCAUAACGGCACCAUUGGCAACUCCACAUUCGGGAACCGGACAUGUGAAGAACUUGCUAAUGGCCGUUCCCCCAUUAUUGAAUUUUGGGAGAACAAGGUUCUGAACAUCUCUGAUGGGCUGGAUGAGCCAGGAGUCAUAAACUGGGAACUGUUGCUGUGUCUCAUGGCUGUGUGGGUGAUGGUUUACUUCUGUGUGUGGAAGGGGGUGAAGUCAACAGGAAAGAUUGUGUAUUUCACUGCCACGUUCCCGUAUGUGGUCCUGAUUAUUCUCCUGGUGCGGGGCGUCACUCUUCCUGGUGCUUAUGAUGGGAUCAUGUACUAUGUCAAACCUGACUGGUCUAAGCUAGGAGAGGCACAGGUCUGGAUCGAUGCUGGUACUCAAAUCUUUUUCUCCUAUGCUAUCGGUCUCGGAGCCCUCACGGCCCUCGGCAGCUAUAACCGCUUCAACAAUGACUGCUAUAAGGACGCUUUUGUUCUGGCUUUCAUUAAUAGUGGCACCAGUUUCUUUUCUGGUUUCGUGGUCUUCUCCAUCUUAGGUUUCAUGGCAUCUGAACAAGGUGUGGAUAUCUCUAAAGUGGCUGAAUCAGGCCCCGGUUUGGCAUUCAUAGCAUACCCUAAAGCCAUUUCUAUGAUGCCCAUGGCUCCGGUGUGGGCUGCGCUAUUCUUCAUCAUGCUGCUGCUGCUGGGACUGGACAGUCAGUUUGUUGGUGUUGAGGGUUUCGUAACUGGCAUUCUUGAUCUUUUCCCUGGAAAGUAUUACAUGCGCUAUAAGCGCGAAAUCGCUGUGGCGAUCUGCUGUUUAUUAUGCUUCAUUAUAGAUCUCUCCAUGGUUACACAGGGAGGGAUGUACGUCUUCCAGCUUUUUGACUACUACUCAGCCAGUGGAAUGACCCUACUCUGGCAAGCAUUCUGGGAAUGCGUGGUUGUCGCGUGGGUUUAUGGUGCUGACAGGUUCAUGGAUGAUAUUGCCCGUAUGAUCGGUUACCGGCCAUUCCCAUGGAUGAAAUGGUGCUGGUCCUUUAUAACUCCAUGUGUUUGCAUGGGUAUCUUUCUGUUUCAUCUGCUGAACUACAAGCCUCUGACCUACAACAAUGUGUAUGUGUACCCAUGGUGGGGCGAGGUGAUCGGAUGGUGUCUGGCUCUGUCCUCCAUGCUCUGUAUCCCCGUUAGCGUUGUGUACAAGCUCUCUGCGGCCAAGGGAACAUUCAGAGAGCGUUGGGAAAAUCUGACCAAACCAGUGUGGGGAGCCCAUCACCUCGAAUACAUGGCCCCUGACACUGACAUUAAAAGCCUGGCCUCUCUGUCUCCUGGAACGGAGGAGAACAAGGUGAUCAUUUUUGAGAGUGUUAUGUAGAUUAAAGGGAAAUGCUACGACAACCCUCCUAAGGCAAGCUGGUUAAAGAAAUCGUCAGUAUUUUUUUUUUUUUUUUUUUUUUUGCCAUUUUAUGGAAUUCUGCAUCAACUUACAGUCUUAAAACAUCUGAUGGAAAUUGACGGUUACAUUUUGUUUCGUACAACAGAUCCUCUAGCAUGCACAUUACCAGAUGCUCCUCCUCCACCUGUUGAAACUGCAAACUAUAUACAUGAUUUAAAAAAAAAAAACAAUGUGCAAAGUUUAUUGCAGAUAUCAAGACUUGCAGGGUGAAAUCAGCAUGUCUUUGGAGGGGACAUUAUAGUGUAGUCUAUAACAUUAUUUCACAGAGUGGCAGAAUUCCCACAGGCCACUUUCCUGAACGUGAUAUGGGUCUCUUUGCACUGACAGGAGUAUCAAAUCUGAGCAAGAAGCACAUGGAUAAAAGGAAGAAAAAAAGGGUGGUGGUGGGGAUACAUGUUAUAAAUGCAUCCUUGACUUAAAGUGGCCCAAUACAGAUAAUAA